CGUGUUGCCGGGUCGGGACACACACAUUUUCUUCCUUCUGUUCCAGAGUACAACAACUCAGUGUGUGUCUCCGCCGGUGGGCAGGCUGAGCAGCUCCACACCAGAGCAGACACAGUUAACUUCUUUUGUCUCACUGCGCGCUCUGUCUCUGUCUCUAACUUCUCUCUCGUGUUUCUCGAUGCGUAAAAACUUUGGAGAGCACCCUCAUCUCCUCCCUCCUCCUCCUCCUUUUUUCCCCUGCGUGCGUAAUUAGUUGGAGAGCGUUUGGAAACUUGUGAUGGCAGUGAAGAAAUCUCACUUUAUUCCUGACACCUGUUGCUGAGGACACCGCGCGCACAGCCGUACACAGCUGGGGAGCGCGUGCCACUCAUUUCUGACUUUAUUUCUGCAUUUGUGCAUAGCAAGUCGGGACUUUUUUGGGUACUGACAGGUCCGCGGAAUCGCCGGAGGCUGCGUUACGCUGCCAUAAAUCGACUUUUUGGGGACUCAGACAAGGACUUUGGUGCGGAGUGAUCGAGCAGUGAAAGGAGCGACAUUUAAUGUGUCCAAAAAGUGUCACUUGGAAGAGUUUGUGUCUGCAGCACAGUGUGAGCGCUCUGCAGCUGGCUGCUCUGGGAUCUGCCUGAGAGGGUUUCAAUAGAAACACCGACCUGUGUGUGGUUUCCCAGCCCGGGCACAGAGUCACACUUUUCGGACUUGUGCGCUCCGGAUGGUGGGAGGAGAAAGUUUUCCUGGAGAGCUGAGCAACAACUGAAUUCACAGCAGAACAGUGCAGGCAGUUGAUGCCAACUCUGGAGUAGCGACUUAAUCUGCAGGUCUCUCCAUCGCUGAAUCAGUCUUUCAACAAAGGGGCGUGCACGUGCAAAUAGGAACGCCCUCUCUCUCACAUACAGGUUGGGUGCAGACCAUAACAGACUUCAGGACAGAGGUGCUUUUUCCUCUGCUCCUUCCCCCCCUGUUCUCCGACUGUGCCAGACGUAAAUUCACAGAGCACUUUCCCGAGCACCGGCUGUGUGGCGGUGACGCGGCGGACCAUGGACAACAGGCCUGUCCGGAGAAAGCGGAGCGGCGCGGUGCGACAUCUGCUGCUGGCAGCCGCCUUCCUCGCCUGCAGCUCCCAACUGCUGGUGGUGGAUGCCAACUCGUGGUGGUCACUAGCUCUGACCCCGAUCCAGCGGCCAGAGAUGUACAUCAUCGGAGCUCAGCCUCUCUGCAGUCAGCUGUCUGGUCUCUCUCAGGGCCAGAGGAAGCUGUGCCAGCUGUACCAGGACCACAUGAUCUACAUCGGAGACGGAGCCAAGACGGGCAUCAAGGAGUGCCAGUACCAGUUCAGACAGAGGAGGUGGAACUGCAGCACUGUGGACAACACGUCUGUGUUCGGACGGGUCAUGCAGAUCGGCUCCAGGGAAACAGCCUUCACUUACGCCAUCAGCGCAGCCGGUGUGGUCAACGCCAUCAGCCGAGCAUGCCGCGAGGGCGAGCUAUCCACUUGCGGCUGCAGCCGUGCCGCUCGACCCCGCGACCUGCCUCGUGACUGGCUGUGGGGCGGCUGUGGAGACAACGUGCAUUACGGGUACCGAUUCGCCCGAGAGUUUGUGGACGCCAGGGAGAGAGAGAAGAACUACCCGCGUGGUUCUCCUGAGCACGCACGAACACUGAUGAACCUGCAGAACAACGAAGCAGGGAGACAGGCGGCCUAUAACCUCGCAAACGUGGCCUGUAAGUGUCACGGCGUCUCCGGUUCCUGCAGUCUGAAGACCUGUUGGCUCCAGCUGGCUGACUUCAGACGUGUCGGAGAGUUCCUGAAGGAGAAGUACGACAGUGCAGCCGCCAUGCGCAUUGGACGCAAGGGCAAACUGGAGCUGGUGGACAAGCGCUUCAACACCCCGACCCCAGAGGAUCUGGUCUACAUCGACGCCAGCCCCGACUACUGCCUGCGCAACGAGACCACGGGCUCGCUGGGCACGCAGGGCCGCCUCUGCAACAAAACCUCGGAGGGCAUGGACGGCUGCGAGCUCAUGUGCUGCGGCAGAGGGUACGACCAGUUCAAGACCUACAAGCACGAGCGCUGCCACUGCAAGUUCCACUGGUGCUGCUACGUCAAGUGCAAGCGCUGCACGACGCUCGUGGACCAGUUUGUGUGUAAAUAGCACGCUGGCGGACGAUAGACGGAUGGGUGGGGGUGAAGAGGAAGAGGAGGUGACCGGAUGAUGGAGGGUUAAGCAUGGAUGAAUGUUUCAGGGUUUUGUUCAGGAUCAAGUUAAGACACACAAGUUCCAUUUUCUGACCAGUUUCCUGUCUCCAUUCAUAACUCUCCGGGCUUUUGACGUGAAGAAAGCACAAUGAUGGAUACACAGAUGGGAGGAAGAACAGAUGGAUGAGAUAGAUGAAACCAGGAAGUAAGAAGAGGUUUCUUCCACACUUUUCAGACAACUCUGAUUUUCAUUUUUCAGCGUAGAUUCCUGUUUCUCACCACUCCUUACAUCCUGAUCACAACCCUGAAGGAAGGACGGAUGGAAAGAAAGGAGGGACAAAACAGAAGGACAUCAAGGAUAAAUGGACCUGGAAAGUGGAACAACUGGAUCCUAAAACGGGGACACAUAGUGUGAUAACGAAGAUAUGAGAGAUGAAAUAAAUAUAUAAUUAAAUAAUAAAUAAACCUACAACUCUGAUUGUUAUUUAAAGAGACUCGGACAAAGCUAAGGCACACUUUGGACCCAUAAAACUCGUGUGUCCGUGUGUUCGGGAAUCCCCACAAAUCAUUACAGUCCUUUUGGAGUUUGAAGCCAUUUGAGUUUGGAACAGUGUCACCGUGUCUCUUUUUUCUGACCUUUAACCCUGCAAGACAAAUCCUCGCAUACGUGGGCUGUGCUGACGUUGCUCAAACACACUCCCAAUAAGUAAAAAGGAACACCAGACUGAAACAAUGAGAAGAGGAAUCACUUAUUGCAAGGGCUAAACAGAAAGAAUGGGUGAAUGGAGGAAGUAGAUAAAAAGGGAAAAGGUUAAAAUAAGUGAUUUUUUCGCAACUAAAUUCAGCAGACAGUUUCACAAGCCACGCAGCUGAAUCUCCAGCUGUAGAUUCCUGUUAAAGAAUAAAUAAAGUGCAGUAAAAACACUUCAUCUUCAAGUCUAAAAAGGACUAACGGCUCACAGGACACACUUUAUCUCAGUUUAACUACUGCUGUUAGAGCAGAUUUCGAGCACCUGUGACCUGACAAGUGUCUCCGCAGGUUAAUGAGGCUCGCAGGUUUUGCGGCCAUCUUGGCACCGCUGCUGUUUAAACAAGCAGCUCACAUGGGCAGCGUCCUUCAUCUGACAGUGACGUGAGCGAAACCUCCAUUAGUGAGAUUAAUGUGCUGUAUCUGCCUUAAUGAACCCGCACUAAGAGACACGUUUGUUCUGAGUGGACCUCUUCAUCUCAUGUUGUUAUGCAACUUGGUAAAGGAACACUUCACCCACAAGACGACCAUUUUAUAUAUCGUGUACUCCCCCAGUGUUACUUUGAAUUUGUAAAAGAAAGCUUGUUUUUUCCACAUGCCUCCACGGUGAACGAAGAAUCCAAAAACGGAGAAAAUUCUUGAUGAAUUGAAGUAAAAGGUCAUGUUUUCAGCCCAAGCUUUUCAUCGAUGACUCUGGUGAUAUUAGCCAUGAUCUCAGAGACAGCCGCUUGAAGUGCCAGUGCAAAUGUGUUAGCUUCUGUGUUAUCUUCAGCUCCUGCAUUAGCUUCUUUGCUAGCUUGAUGCUAAGCUCCUCCGCUUUAUUCAAAUUUGGCUUUCCUCAAUGCGACAUGUUGUCAGACUGCCUCAGAAAGUUGUUAUUAAUACUCAUCAGGAAAUAGUCUGUUUGUAGGUUACAAUGUAGAAAGAUGAUGUAAUGGCUCACCAGCUCAACUGAACUGACCUCUCUUAAAGCCGCCAUCUUAACAACCAUCCAAAACAUCUGUUUAAAAACUCUCACACAACUCUUGCAGCCUCAUUUAUCCAGUCAUAUUCUAAGUACUUCUCAAACACAUACAUUUUGGCUAUAAACUUCCACGCGAGUAGCACACUUGGACAAGCGAGUGCAUUUGAACUCUGUUUGUGCAUUCCAUUUAGCAUAGUUCAAACAUGAGCACACAUUAAACAUGGCUUAAUAGAGACAAUUACACAAAUACACAAGUACACAAAUCAGCUACGCUAUAACUCGCAGCAUUCGCAGACAAACACUUGUCUUUAUCUGGACACAUUUUCCACACAAAUGCAACAUGCUAAUGUUAUUAGCACAAGCCUAUGGCAUUUUACAUUGUAUAAAUUAGCCUAGCAGCUAGCAGAAUUUUCCUCCACUCAUAUGAAGCCAGGGACAACAGCAACAUUUAACAAAGGUAACAUUACAAAAUUUGGCUCCAUUACAACUCACAAGGUUCACUGACAAAACAACUGUCUUAUAGUAAACACGUUUUCCAAACAAAUACAACAUGCUAACAUUAUUAGCACAAGCUUGUGGCAUUUUAUCUUGUCUGAAUUAGCCUAGCGACUUUUCCUUUACUCAUAUGAAGCCAGGAUAAAUCACACACAAGACAUAAAAUGCUAUUUUUGUGGAGGCUUACUUGCCUUCACCAUUUAUUGUUUCUUAUCUGUGAAAUAAAAGUAAAUUAACGUCAUGAUACAAUCAUUGUUCUGCUCCGAAACUACCUGGUUAGGUUUAGCUUGUGGCUUAUUUGUACUUUUGUCACUAACAUUACAUGACAUAUGUCAGGCAACAUACGACACAUCACAUAUGUCACUACCGUAGCAUGCUACAAAUGCUAGCAUACUAAGUUACGUUGUUAUUGAAAGAAGUCAGUGUUGACUUUGUGACGCUAACACUUGUCUCCUGGGUGAAAGUCCUGUUUUUGUUUGAUGCACCCACCCUACAAGGACUUCUUUGAUAUUGUGUAACACUUUGUGGCUUUUUGCGCUGCAGCAUGUCACUUUCUACUUUGCUCUUGUAAUAAUUACUACAGCCACAAGAGGGUGCCGCCUUACAAUACAUGCAAGUGUGGGUCGUAAUAAGGUGCUUGCACAUUAGACCAUUGUGGUUGUUUUUCGCUGAGAGCGGGCUGAGUUUUGCUGGUGUUGAACGCAACCCCCCUUUUAUUCCAGUUUUUAGAUUCUUCGUUCACCGUGGAGAGUUUUCUUCUCAAAUUCAACAUAACAUGGGAUGAUUAAUUGAUAAAGUAAUGAUCAUUUUGUUGGUGAAGUAUUCCUUUAAGUCAACAAAAAGCCCUGUGGUGUCAGUCUUGUCACCAUUUUAACAUUUUAUAAUACUGUUAUACCAUGAACUUUGCAUCUUGUAUGGGUUGGGUUGAGAAUAUUUUAAGUGUAUAAUGUAAUCCAAAAGAUAGACGCAGCUAAUAACAAACAUGGAGAGGACAGAGUGAGCAGAAGAGGACUGAACAUGCUGUGGAAAAAAAAUGAAUGUGUGAGCAUGGAAAAACAGAGAGGACUGCAAUUUAUUACGUGCUACUUUAAAAAGAAAAGUAGUAGAUCAGAAAAGAAGGUAUAUUUUAUUACUGUUUUUCAUUUCCUGUUUUCUAUGUUUUAUACAUGAGUAUCAUUGUGUAUUCUUUUGAUAAACUAGUCUUCGACAAUGAGGCUUUGUUCUGUUCUUGAGUCUGCUGCUGUUGUUUUGGAAAAGUCUGAUUCCAGCUAACGUUUUUCACCAACUUGACAACUACAGACAAGUCUUUGUAGUUUCAGAAGAUGUUCGGGGAAAUGACACUGCAGUUGCUAAAUGGGGAAGUAAUGCAGUAAAAGGAUCUGAAUUACAGUAGAGCCAUUCACAACAACAAUGCCAAAAUGAGUAAGUGAAAAUAACAAGUGGAAGCCACUUAAAGGUCCAGUGUGUAGGAUUUAGGGGCAUCUACUGGCAGAAAUGAUAUAUGAAAAUAUAUAUAAAUCCUACACACUGGAACUUUGAGCGGAGACAGUAGAGGUAAAUGGGGUCAAACUUUUCACUAGAAUAUUUCAUUACAAGGCCCAGUUGAUUACUUUCUUUUUUUGUACUACAAGUUUUCUGAAACUGUAUCUUUAACUCUUCGAAACCUGAGCAAAUUGGCUUUGUUUCUUGUAAAAACAUGGCAAUGAACAACGAAAGACGAAAUGACCCAAAAAAUUUGAAAAAGAAAUUAGUAAAAAGAGAAAAUUGAAUACAACAAACUUAGUAAAAAGAAGUGAAAAAUAAAGACCUGAAAUGAGCGCUGAAAAAAAUAAUUUUGUAACAAUUUUAAAAUGUAAAUUUAAAAUGUAAAAAUUACAAUUAUGAAUAUAUUUUCCCCUAGCUUUUUUCUUUUCUUCCAUUUUUUUAAAAUUAAUUUUUCUUUUUUUUUUUUUGCACUUCAUGGGACAUUUCUCACCAAAUUGCUCAGUGCCUUUUUUCCCAUGUUUUUGAAAGAAACCGCACCAAUUAGCUCAAGUUUCAAAGUUUACCUGCGAAAGGCACCUGAAAGCAACACAACAAAAGUGAUGUUGCUCCAGGUUUCAAAGGGUUAAAUAUGGAAAUGAGGCAUUAUCAAAGUAAAUAUGCCCUUUUUUGUACACAUUUACAGAACAGAAAUCUGAACAGAAUUCUUGUUUCACUUUGUAUUUAUAUCAGGGUCAAGGUUUUUUAUGGAGGGAAUUUCUGGAUUUCUUUUUUCUAUCACUCCAUUAAUCCGAAAAUAAUGUCAACAGCCAUUAAAAAAAUCCCUUUUCACCAUGAUUUUAAGAAUAUAAUGUUACAGAAAUCAGGCUAAUAGUGACACAAAUUAAGAAAUUGAAUAGUAAGUCAUGUUAGACUGAAGUACUGGCUAAAUGUUGUUGUUUUUUAUUUCAGUUAUUCUAGUUUUUAGCACAAAAAAUGUUCAGU